GUACUCGGUACCAAAUUCUGGCCGGCGGCGACAUGUAUAGCACGUACCACCUCUUAUUUCCAUGCUCAUCGCGGCUAACAGGCGUCAAUCUGAAUUACAUCAUUUCCACACGUGUGCUGCUAUCGCUAUUGUUAGGCCUGGCCAGCCUAGUGACAAUUGCAUGCCUGAGAGAUAAAGGAAACAAAAAUAAAACGAACAUGGGGGUUCGUUAGAUCGCAGAGGCGUCGUCUAGAGUGUGCGUCCAUUGGCUGCGAACUGCUGUUCCCAAUCGGCCGAGGCCCUCUGGACUUGCGCUAUUGAUCGACCGCCAUGCAGGCCUGAGGGAAAUGAAGUGCUGCAUGUGCAUG